UUCAGCCAGAGAGAGAGAGAGAGAGAAGAUCCGGAAUCCAAAUUUCAUUGCAGCUCUGUUGCGGAUACCAAAUCUACAGGAGACAACGGAUACGACUAUAAUCACAUUUCGAAAGGCGUAAAAAAUCCAAUCGGCGCUUGGCAAAACAAGAUAUAGAAGGUUGUUAUUUCAUUUGCUCAAAAGAUGAGCAAUGAUGCAGAAAACCCUAAAAAUGGAGAAGCAGUUUCAGUCACAGCUAAACUAACAUUGUUCGAAAUCCUUUUAAAGCAAGCAUCAGUUUACGGCAUAGCUGCAGGAUACUGCUUAUCAGCUUCACUUCUUUCGAUUAUCAACAAAUGGGCUGUCAUGAAAUUUCCAUACCCAGGAGCAUUGACAGCUUUACAGUACUUCACGAGCACAUUGGGUGUCCUCAUCUGCGGUUGGUUGAAGCUACUUGAGCACGACAAACUUGAUCUCUUAACAAUGUGGAGAUUCCUUCCAGCUGCUAUCAUAUUCUAUCUGUCUCUUUUCACCAACAGCGAACUUCUCCUUCACGCAAAUGUUGACACAUUUAUUGUCUUCCGCUCGGCUGUCCCAAUAUUUGUUGCUAUUGGAGAAGCCCUAUUCCUUCACCAGCCAUGGCCUAUGGUGAAAACGUGGAUUUCACUUCUAACCAUUUUUGGAGGUAGUGUGCUUUAUGUUAUAACUGAUUACCAAUUUAGCAUCAUGGCUUAUAGCUGGGCUGCAGCUUAUUUAGUUAGCAUGUCGAUAGAUUUUGUGUACAUCAAGCAUGUUGUUAUGACCAUCGGUUUGAACACAUGGGGGCUUGUUUUGUAUAACAAUCUCGAGGCUUUGCUACUUUUCCCAAUCGAGCUGUUUGUCAUGGGGGAGUUGAAGAAGAUAAAGCAUGAAAUUUCAGAUGAGUCGGAUUGGUACUCUUUCGAGGUGGUUUUGCCUGUAGGGUUGUCCUGUUUAUUUGGGUUAGCCAUUUCUUUCUUUGGGUUUUCUUGCCGGAGGGCAAUUUCUGCAACUGGUUUCACUGUUCUUGGGAUUGUGAAUAAGUUGUUGACUGUUGUGAUCAAUUUGGUUAUCUGGGAUAAACAUUCAACUUUAAUUGGCACAAUUGGUCUAUUGAUUUGCAUGAGUGGUGGUAUUAUGUAUCAACAAUCAACAAGCAAGCCCAAGGCUGUUGCUGAAACAAAGACUCUUGAAAGCGAAGAAGAGAACCAGAAGUUACUCGAAAUGAAAAGCAUGGGAGAAGAACCGGCCAAUGAUGACAAACAAGUAAGUUUACAAUCGGGUAAUUAAGCAGUAGAUAUAUAUUUAUGGCAAAAUUCCAUUCAACUGUUUUGGAUAGUUAUAUUUCAUAGAAAUUUUGCAAACUGUAUUACUAUUGUUAUUAUUAGCAUAUACAUUUGUUCAAAUUUGUUAGAUGAAGCUAUUAGUUUCUUAUAAUAACAUUUCUCAUUCUUGUUCAAUUAAAGUGCUUUUAGUAUGACUUGAGAUAGAAAUCUUGAGAAUCUUAGGUAGCUGUCUAACAUACUUAACAUUACCACUUAAGAACGAGAGAGUUUUGUUUUACUUUUUUUUUAUCGGGGUCUUUUCUAAGGAGGAUGCUUUCACUAAGAAUAUGACUUUUGAUUUCAACCUCAGGGUGGGUAGAUAGAUAGAUAUCUGGUGAAGCUGUUAUAACAUUACCAAUUUACCACUUAAGAAGAAGAUAUAUUGUUGCUAUUCCCACUUCAAUCAAUGAGAAUUAGACUUAAGACAUCAACCUCUUAAGUUUAAGACUCUUAUCACUUGAGAGUUAUCUCGAGAAUUUGAUGAUGCAGCUGUCAUAAUAUCAGCACUUAAGAACAUGACAUUUUCAUUUGUUUUUGUUGUUGUUGGAAAAUUCCAAACAUUUUGUGCAUGCAAUGAAUGAAUUCAAGAGGGCCAGUUCCUGUACCAGCCAGCCCAUGCAGAGACUAGCCCGCUAAUCCCAAGCGUAAUCGUGUGGUUACAGAAGGGAUUGGGCUCGAUAUCGGCCAAAGCGAUGAACAAGUCGGCUAAGUUAGCCGAAAUAGCCAUGAGCCUCAUCACUCUAUCUCCCCUGAUCUUACUAACUUUAUCUCCCACAUCAUCAUCUUCCUCCUUCGAAUCCAUGACGAGCUUUCUCUCUAGUGUCAACCCGUCUCUGAUUAGUAUAAGGUCGGUUAUGAUAAAGAAAACAUACCCGAAGGAUUCACCGAAAGCAGAGACAAAGCUCAUCCUCCUAGCCAAAGAUGCAUCGAGCAGACCGAUCCUGGCGAACCAGAGAAAAUGGUCAAAGAAGAAGUAGACCAUUUCUCCUGCGUUUGAGAGGACAGAUAGAACCCUGAAAGUGGAGGUGGGACCUGGGUUCCUCCUAAGUGCAUUGAAGCCGGUGAGGAACCUUCCUGAUCGGAAAGCUUUGCGACUAAGGCCGGAAGCAACCUCCCAUAGCUUGGCUCGAUUGGCGAGGUCGGGGUGAGUUGUCUCGAGCCGCCAAUGGACUAGCUUGGAAACGUAUUGGAAGGUCUUGACGAGCUUGUCUAUGCCGUCGCGUUUGGCUAAGAAGAUGACUAACUUGUCUACUGUGUCGUUCAUGAUGAUGGCUGGAAAUGAAAGAGAGUGAGUGUUUUGGUUGGUUGGUUUAAUGAGAGAGCAUUAUGAAAGGAGAACCACAAAGUGUAGAGGUGGUUUGGAUAACAUGCAUUGGUUUUGUUUGUUUAUAUGGUUGGACAAUGUUUAUCUCUUAUUCUCCACCGUCAGUAUUCACUAUUCAGUAAUAAUAGUCUCACCUAUUGUUUUGGUC